AAAUUUCUUACUAAUCGUUAAUAACAACGGUGAGAGUUCCGGCAAUUUUUGUACAAGAAAAGAUCAACCGCUCCAUUGCGAACAAAAUUCCUGAGGAUUUCCCUCUCUUUCUUCACUUGAUCAUAUCAGCAAUCAAAUUCUUCCUUCGAUUUCGCAGCAAUGGCGGAAGUAGAGAACAAACAAGUGAUAUUCAAAGGCUACAUUGACGGAGUUCCACAACUGGCGGACUUCGAACUCAAAGUUGGGAAGCUUAAGCUCGAAGUUCCCAAAGGUUCCGGAGGUUUUCUUGUCAAGAAUCUCUUCCUUUCUUGCGAUCCUUAUAUGCGAGGCCGUAUGCGCGAUUACCACGAUUCCUACAUUCGCCCUUUUGUUCCUGGCCAGCCAAUUGAAGGUUUUGGGGUUGCUGAAGUUGUGGACUCUGAUGACUCCAAUUUCAAGCCUGGCGACAUCAUUUCAGGCUUUACACGUUGGGAGGAUUACAGCUUAAUUAAUAAAGAUGGUAUUCAACUGAGAAAAAUUGAACCAGACGAUCUCCCACUCUCUUUCCAUGUUGGCCUCCUUGGCAUGCCUGGCUUUACUGCUUAUGCUGGAUUCUUUGAGGUUUGCUCCCCAAAGAAAGGUGAUUAUGUAUUUGUCUCUGCAGCGUCCGGAGCAGUUGGUCAACUCGUUGGCCAACUCGCUAAAUUGCAUGGUUGUUAUGUUGUAGGAAGUGCUGGAACAAAGCAAAAGGUUGAUAUUCUGAAGAGCAAACUUGGAUUUGAUGAAGCUUUCAACUAUAAAGAAGAAUCAGAUUUGAAUGCAGCUUUGAAAAGGUACUUUCCAAAAGGCAUAGAUAUAUAUUUUGACAAUGUUGGUGGGGAUAUGCUUGAUGCUGCACUUUGCAACAUGAGGGUUCAUGGUAGAAUUGCUGUCUGUGGAGUGAUAUCUCAGAACAGCAUUUCUAAUCCAAAAGGAAUCAGCAAUCUGUGGAAUCUCAUACCGAAACGUGUCAAUAUGAAGGGAUUUCUACAGAGCGACUACCUUCACUUGUUUCCGCGUUUCUACGAAGAGGUUAGUAACUACUACAAGCAAGGAAAGAUUGUUUAUAUUGAAGAUCUAAAAGAAGGGUUAGAAAAUGCUCCAGCUGCCUUUGUAGGACUUUUUUCUGGAGAUAACUUAGGUAAACAAGUUGUUCGUGUAGCGUGUAAAUAAUUUUCGCAAUCCGUCAUUGCAUGAACUUGUAACAUUUAACAGCACACUAGGAGAGAAUUUGUAGCUUCUUUAAGUACAGAUUGAAUUCUUCUUUAUUUUCAUAUGGUUUCUGAUCAAAA